AUGGAUGCUGUGAUUGAGGAUCAAAUUGAUAAGGAAAUAAGGGACUGUCAGUUCUUUAGUAUCCAGUGUAAUGAAAAAUUGGAUGUGUCUACUAAAGAGCAACUUAGCGUCAUUGUUCGUUUAGAUAGGGGGGCUGAAGUAGUGGAAAGGUUUCUAAAGUUUAGGAAUGUCAGCACAGAUCGCACUGCCCGAGCGAUAUGUGAUGUUGUUAAAGGGGUGCUUAGCAGAUAUAGUGAGUCAGUUAAAGCUAAACUGAUUAUGCAAAUUUAUGAUGGUGCAGCUGUUAUGAGUGGUCAUCUCAAUGGUGUCCGGACCCUCAUCCGUCAAGAUUAUCCAUUUGCAUUUUUCUUUCACUGUGCCGCCCACCGCUUAAAUCUAGUUCUGUGUCAAUCUGCAUUGAAUAUCAAGGAGGUAAAGCUCUUUUUCUCCAAGAUAUCUGCUUUUUGUACCUUUAGAAAGGCACACCUAAAUUCCCAUGGUGUUGAUAUCCCAAAUCCAGGUAAAACUAGGUGGUAUUAUAAGUCCCGUACUAUCUCUGCUAUCUUUAAGGGGUAUGAAGCCUUAGAGAGAGCUUUGACUGAAAUUAAAGAUGCACCUCGAACGUGGAAGGAAGACACAGUUGACCGGGCAGAUG